CUGCUCCCUCAUCUGUUCAAAAGGGAGUUAGAGCUGUAUUCCAACGUCCUUUCAGGUAUUUGUCAAUUAUUCCCAUAUCAGAGCGGCACACCACUGUAAAUUUUUAUCAGACUCUAUUUGUCAUGUCCUGUCCUCCACGGGAAGAGUUUCAGGUGGGAUGGAUCUGCGCCCUUCCUGUUGAGGCGGCAGCAGCCAAGGAAAUGCUGGAUGAAAAUUUCGGAGCUCCUGAUGAGCAGGAUGGAAUGGAUUCCAACAUCUACACAUUGGGUCGAAUCGGCAAACACUAUAUCGUGAUCGCUUGUCUGCCUGCAGGACAAUAUGGUAAUACAGCAGCUACUAUAGUUGCGAACAACAUGAUCCGUACAUUCUCAAAGUCAUUGCGGGUCGGGUUGAUGGUCGGAGUUGGAGGCGGAAUCCCAUCCACCACUCACGACAUACGGCUUGGUGAUAUUGUGAUCAGUUGUCCAACGGGCACCUGUGGAGGAGUGCUUCAAUAUGAUAUGGGGAAGGUUGGAGUGGAUGGCACAUUUACUCGAACUGGGUCUCUGAACAGUCCUCCUAGAUCGCUGUUGACAGCAGUCAAUGCUAUGAGGACUGCCGAGCUUACUGAUGAUCCCUGCUACCCGACAUAUCUCCAACACGCCAUCGGGAGGACCGCACGAACCCGUAAGACCUUUACCCAACCUCUUCCACAGAGCGACCGAUUAUUUCAGGCCCAAUACGACCAUACAUCUGGAGCAGAAAGUUGUGAUUUAUGCCCAAAGGAGUGGGAAGAGGUAAGACAUCAGCGUGAGGAUGAUGCACCACAACCACACUAUGGUAUCAUUGCAUCUGGGAAUUCUGUUAUCAAGCACGGAUGUACAAGAGAACAGCUUCGUCUAGAAACUGGGGCACUGUGUUUUGAGAUGGAGGCAGCAGGAUUAAUGUUGGAUUUCCCAUGCAUUGUAAUCCGCGGCAUUUGCGACUAUUCUGAUUCUCACAAGAAUAAGCAGUGGCAAGGAUAUGCUGCUUUAGCAGCGGCAUCAUACACCAAAGAACUGUUGGGAUAUAUACCAAAGGGCCAAGUGGUACAAGAAAUCCUAGUGAGGGAUGUUUGUCAAAUUUUGAAUGAAGAGAUUAAAGGCACUAAUCGACGAUUGGAUGAUGCAUAUAAGCAACAAGAAAAGCAUCACAGUGAACGAAUAAAUCAAGUCUUGACAGACCAGCAACAGAAGUGUCACCAAGUAUUUAAGACAUCGAGUUAUGAGCAGCAUAAGGAUAUUAAUCCUGAUCGAGUAUCAGGAACCUGUCAAUGGGCUUUGCAGAAUCCAUAUUACCUUGAUUGGUGGACCAGUAACUGCGAUGAUCUUCUCUGGAUAUCGGCAGACCCCGGCUGCGGGAAGUCUGUUCUGUCUAAAUCACUUAUCGAUGAUGUUUUUGAAGAAUCCAGCUCAGCAGUGUCAGUGUGUUACUUUUUUUUCAAGGAUAACGAUGAGCAGAAUAAUUUUGCUACAGCUCUCUGUGCAAUAUUACAUCAGCUCUUUAGUCAACAGCCGAAUCUAUUACAACAUGCAAUACAGUCAUGGACAAAGAAUGGGGAUAAACUCAGGCAGGAAGUUGGUGAACUUUGGCGAAUUUUUAUGGCAGCGACAUCGGACCCCACAUCGCUAAAGACCGUUUGUGUGCUUGAUGCGCUCGAUGAAUGUUGCCCAGAUGACCAGGAUCGACUUAUUCAAAAACUUAAUGACUUUUAUUCCGGAACUGGUACAUCAACUCAGAAAAAUUGGUUGAAGUUUCUCAUUACCAGCCGUCCUUAUGAUGAGAUCCGGUCCGGCUUUCAGCCUAUUAUAGAUCAAUUCCCACAUAUACAUUUGCAAGGCGAGCAGGAGAAUAAUCUGAUUCAUAAGGAAAUUGAUCUCGUUGUGAAGGUAAAAGUGAAAGAGUUGGCUAAAAUAUCAAGACUCUCAGCCGAUGUGGAGCAGCGAAUUGAGCAGCAGCUUCUCCAAAUGCAACACCGCACGUAUCUCUGGUUAUAUCUGGCGAUUGACGACAUUCGUACCACAUUUCGGGAGAGCCUUCGGCCAGAGAAGGAAUCAAUUGAGCUAGUACCCCGAUCUGUGAAUGCCGCGUAUCAGAAAAUCCUCAAUCGAGUUCCAUCUGGUCGGGUAGAUAUUGUUAAGAAGAUAUUACAGAUUAUUGUUGGCGCGCGGCGCCCUUUGACAAUAAAGGAAAUGUCUAUGGCAUUGGGUGUGGCUGACAGCCCCAACUCAAAAACGGCUGCAGGAAUUGGAUAUGAUCCUUCUAGGCUUCUUAUUAAUAUACGCCAAUUAUGUGGGCUCUUUGUUUUCAUCAGCAACUCGAAGAUAUAUCUCAUACACCAGACAGCCAGGGAAUUUCUUCUCGGGAGAAACAUUGACAAUCAACCAACCUCAAAAUACUCUUUCAGCAGGCAAGAUGCUGAAAGCCAAAUUUCACAAAUAUGUAUUCGAUAUUUGCUAAUGGAUGAUCUGGAAGAGGAUCAAGAACAAGCAGAGUCUGAUAUUCAAUAUUUUCUGUCAUAUUCAGCAGAGCACUGGCCUGACCAUGCUCGAGAGAUGGGCUCAUCACAACAGCAAGCAAUGACUCAUCUUAUGUAUGAUUUAUAUUGCACCACGUCAAGAUUGGAGUUCUGGUUCACCACAUUUUGGGGGGCUGUUAAUAAACAUGAACGAGAGCCCAGAAUGGAUGCGAUACAUGUGGCAGCAUUCAAUGGGCAUGCUCAUGUAUUGGAAUGGAUCAUCACAAGUAGAGCAUAUACCAUCGACGACAGGAAUGGCAACGGGGAAACGGCUUUAAUGUUGGCAUCACAGAAUGGCCACAAUGAUGCUGUAAAUACGUUGCUACAGAGAGGUGCCAAUUUCAAUGCUCAGGGUGGAGAAUAUGGAAAUGCCCUCCAGGCUGCUUCUUAUCGAGGACAUGACAAGAUUGUACAAAUACUGUUGGAGAAAGGCGCCGAUGUCAACGCUCAGGGUGGACAGUACGGUAAUUCCCUCCAGGCUGCUUCUUAUGGAGAACAUGACAGGAUUGUACAGAUGCUGUUGGAUAAAGGCGCCGAUAUCAAUGCUCAGGGUGGAUUCAAUCAAUGAAUUACUGAAUCAAAAUUCUAUUAGCCUGACAGAGCCUAAUUAAUGAAAUGUCUAGGUAUGCAGGCGCCUCGCCGGCGAGACAAAAUCUUGGUCUAGAACGCCUUGAAUCCCUCAAACCCUUAUAUAUAGAGAAGAUAAUAAUCGAAAAAG